CGAUUUGAACCACUUGGCGCUGCUGCCUGACCGGUCCUCACCCCUCAACCCGCCGAACUUCCUCGUCACCGCCGGCGGCGAUCGAUCGUUGCCAAGUCUCCCACCAUCGCCUCCACGGGAAAAAAUGGCGCAGGAGGCUGCACCGGCGAGGCCGGUGGGCCCCACCAGGCUCGUCUACUUCGAUGAUAUGGGGGCACUCCACCACUCAUCCGCCACCGUUCUCUCCGUCCACCAGGUUUUUUCUCUUCCCUCCUCCGUAGGCGCGCAACCCUAGGCUGGAACCGGCGGGCGGCGGCCUAUUGGCCUAAGCUAAGCUCCGGGUGUCCACAGGAGGAGGGCGGCCGGGUAGCGGUGGUGCUGGACGCCACGGUCUUCCACCCGCAGGGCGGCGGCCAACCGGCGGACACGGGCGUCAUCUCCGCCGGCGGAGCCAGGUUCCUUGUUGAGGAUGUGCGGGCGAAAGACGGAGUGGUGAGCAUCCGGGGGGGGUUUCGCUACCCUCACGAAAAGCUGCAAACUUGUCUAUGAACCAUGCUGCUGUCGCAGGGAUUUUGAUUUUCCUCUUUUUUUCCCACUUUCCGUGCCCCACUCAUUUUGUGAUUGCACCCAGGUUUUCCACUACGGAAGAUUUGAGGGCACGGAGCAAGGAUGUGGGACUGUAUUUAAGGAGGGGGGAACCGUUAGCUUGCAGGUCGACGCAGAACGACGCAGCUUUAAUUCAAGGCUUCAUUCUGCUGGCCAUUUGUUGGACAUCUGUGUUCACAAUGUAGGCCUCUUUCAUCUGGAGCCUGGGAAAGGCUAUCAUUUUCCUGAUGGGUAUGAUUGGUUACCUUUGAUGCAUUUAUUCUUUUGCUCUUUGUAUGGAUAGCAUUUGGGUCCAGUUGUUACUAGCUGCUGGCAUUUCAUCUCAUUUUAGCAUUUACCAGUUUUGCUCUCUUGUGCCUCUGUUCUUUGUAGACCGUUUGUUGAGUAUAAGGGAAUAAUUCCUCCAGAUCAAAUACCGGUUAAGAAAAAUGAACUGGAAAGAGAGGCCAAUAGACUAAUUUCAGAAGGAGCGAAGGUGGAUAAGCAAGCUGACUAUGUUGAAGUUCACAUCAUCCAUUCUGUCGUCUUUUAAGUGUUCACCCUUUUUGCAGGUCUUAGCUUCUGUUUUUCCUUAUGAGGAGGCAGCCAUAUUAUGCGGAGGUUCUUUGCCUAGCUACAUUUCAAAGGAUAGCAAUCCUCGCAUUGUUAAGUUUGGGGAUAACCCUGGUGGUCCUUGCGGUGGCACUCAUGUUGCCGACAUUUCAAUCAUCAACAGCCUAAAGGUGACAAACAUAAGAGUCAAGAAAGGCCUCACUAAAGUCUCAUACAGCAUCAGCCCAUGAUCCUUUUCCAGCAGCCGCAGCAGACAACACCUGGAAUUUAUUGGAGCGAGAAUUAUUAAUUGAAUCAGAAGGCUGUACUUUAGUUUCGUGGCAUCACAUGUAUACGUAGGGUGGCAAAUAAACAAUUUCUAUGUAGUAAAGUCUGCCAGUUCCUCAUGUACUUCAAUAGAUGAUUUGUUUCUGU